AUGAAAAAAGCCCCUAAACUCACCCCCAUGCACAUGCUUCGUCGCAAAGAAUGGGCAUCUGAAAUGGUCGACUACGGAAACGAAAAGUGGAGCUCGGUUGUCUUCUCCGAUGAGAAAAAGUGGAACCUGGAUGGCCCCGAUGGUCUCAAGUCGUAUUGGCACUGCGUUGGACGUGAUGUCAUUACAGUUUUCAGUCGUCAAAAUGGUGGUGGCUCGCUCAUGGUGUGGGGGGGUAUUUGGGCAGAUGGAACGACUCGAUUGGCGUUCGUUGAGGGAACACAAACAGCCCAAGACUACAUCUACACGCUUGGCGAGUUCAUGUUGCCUGCAGCCCAGCUUCGUUUUGGCACUGAUUUCGUUUUCCAGCAAGAUAAUGCAAGCAUUCACACUGCCAACGCAAUAAAAGCUUUUUUGGAUGAACAAGGUGUUGUGGUUAUGGACUGGCCAGCGUUGUCUCCCGACUUGUACCCCAUCGAGAAUAUUUGGGGAUAUCUUGUUGAGCAAGUGUAUGCUGGCGGGAAGCAGUAUGACACGAAAGAAGAGCUCAAAGCCUCAAUUAUGCGUCAUUGGAACUCGUUGGAGUUUCACCAUUUGCCACAUUCAUUCUUGUGUGGGGCCAUGAACAUCUCGACCGCCUCCGACGACGAGGUUGCCGUUCCGUUCGGCACUGUUCUUGGCAUCACCGAUGGCGGCGUGGAAGUGUACAACUGUGACUACUCAACGCUCCCUCCACCCGACAUGCUAGACCGUGCGAGCUUCAAGAACGAAUAUAACGGCGUCACGACAGGGUACAAGUGGCAGUGCGUCGAGCUCGGUCGGCGGUACCUGCUCGUGAACUUUGGCGUGAUCUACGACAACAUUGCCAUGGCGUACGACAUCUUUCGACUCAAGACGGUGCGUCGUGUCGCGGAUGGCCAGUUGGUACCCAUGCUCGCCAACGUGAACGGUGAGUCGACCGAGUUGCCGGUGAAGGGAUCGUUGUUGAUCUGGAACCCCGUGGGUGAGUUUGUGCAAACGGGGCACAUUGCCGUGAUUGUCAACGUCCAGGUGGAUUACGUGGACAUUGUCGAGCAGAACGUGGAUGACACCAUCUGGCCUCCCGACGUCAAGUACUCGCGGCGGCUGAAGGCCGACUUAGACGAAGUCACGGGCGCGUACUCCAUCACAUGCACGUUCCCAGACUCGUCAAUCCUCGGCUGGAUGACGGUGGACAUGCACACCGAAUACAACUACGAGGACGUACCCAUCGCCACGCCUUCCCAGGACCUCCAUCUUCACAACGUCACCCUCACCGAUGCGCAAGUCGCCGCCCCAUGGAUGGACCAUACGUUGCCGUUUGUCCAAGCCUUCGAAUCCGCUUUUGGUUCUGCCCUCGCGUCAUCUCCAUCCUCCGCGUACUUCCGCCUCACGCCCCGCGGCCAAGCAGCGCUCGAGUACGCAACAGAGCACCUGCAUCACAUGUUCCUCGACGCGACCGACUACGUCCUACACCACGAGAAGGAACUCGGUCCCCACUUCCGCCUCCCGUCGGCACUGUGGCCGCGCAUCCGACGGUCGUGGUUCCGUCGCAAGCCGGACGCGCUCGCCGGGCGGUUCGAUUUUACGCUCACCGAGUCAGGCAUCAAAGUGUACGAGUACAACGCCGACUCUGCGUCCUGUCUCAUGGAGUGUGGGUACAACCAAGAUGCGUGGGCGGCGGCCGCGGGCGUGCCCGGUCGGUCCAACAGCAGCGCUUUAUUCGAGAAACUCAAGCAAGGAUGGGUGCACAAGAACGUGCAAGGGCCCCUGCACCUACUCUGCGACACGGACCCGGAAGAACGAUACCACACCGAGUACAUGAAGGCGGCAGCGGAAGCGGCGGGACUCACGUGUUAUGUGGUCGUGGGGGUGCACACGCUGCAUCGAAUCGGGUACAUAUUGUAUCGAGUUUGCCUUGUUGAGAUGACGUUUCUUCGCAUGAUAUACGGCGAACGAUUGUUGAAGUACCGUGGGUGGUGUGUCAAGGAGGGCUGAUUCUGCGAGUCUGAUUCCGACCAAACUGAUUCUGAUUCCAUCGACGUACCGUGUUUUUUAUUUUGUUCUGAUUCUGUGGUGACGAUAUUUAACGUCUGAUUCCGUCCGUCCAUGUACCCCCCACCCUAUAGACAAGACAUCGUCGACACUGCCCACGAUGGCGGCAUUGUCGUGCAAAAUGUAUGGAAGACAUGGUCGUGGCGCACGGCGAUCGAUCAGUUGGAUGACGACGAUUGGCAGCACUUCCUCAUGGACGACGUCGCCGACCCCAAGGGCCUCACGACGCCCAAGUUGCGUCCGGCGCGCACGACCGCCGUCCACCUCGUGGACGUGCUGCUGCAUCCGUCUGUGCGUAUCUUUGAGCCGCUAUGGACAGUCCUCGCCAGCUCCAAAGCGAUUUUACCUGUUUUGACGACGCUGUACCCCAACCACCCGAUGCUGCUGCGCUCGUCGUUUACGCUAACGCCAGAGCUCGAGCUCUCGGGCUACGUCAAGAAACCGGUAGCUGGUCGCGCCGGUGAAAACGUGUCGCUGGUCGCUGCGGAUGGCACCACCGUUGUGGCGUCGGAGGGGCAGUGGGCCGCCGACACGCCCAUCUACCAGGAGCUUGCGCUUCUUCCCAACUAUGGAGAUAGAGGGAACGUCCAGCUCGGGACAUGGGCCGUCGACGGCGCGUACGGCGGCACCGUCCUCCGCGCCGACCCGUCGCACAUCAUUCGAAUGGACUCGGCCGUGUAUGCGGUGCGCGUGGACGACGACCACUAGCUGCCAAAGCACGUGGAUAGUAGCACUAGAUCAACACUAGUCGUCGAUAGAUUUGUCGUCGUGGUAGUCGAUGGAGAUACGCGAGGGAGUUAGUUGGCUCGACUUACAGUGUAUGAUAAACUGGAUUGUAUAUCGAUAAGCAAUACUAUUAAUAGUAUACCAGUACUGUACUACAGUACUACACCA